UAGAGGGAUCCCGUCGCCGUUACAUCUUACAACCAAGAGAAUGUACAAUUACAGACGAGUCAGAUCGACCCUGGGGUGUGAAUUUCUACACCUGAACUAACCAUCUGUGACUCUCUUCCUCGCGCUUCCGUCCCUUUCCCUUUAUCACUACCGGAUAAUCAUCACCAGCUCCCUCAAUUACACAGGGAGCAUCCCCAGCUAUGAUUCGAAUCCCAUCGCAUUUCCAAACAAAAGGUUUCAAUUCUCGAUCUCUUCCAUUUUCUCCCCUCUCCAUCUCUGAUGACAUUUUUAUCCUUUUUUAAACUCCAUUAGACGGAUCUUCUUGUCUGCAAUGCUGCGUUCAGAUCUUGAUAGAGGUUCGACGUGCUUUUUUAUCGGCGUUCACUUGAUGAUCCUGGAGUGAGUAUUGGAUCGAGUUCUUGAAUCGGUUGCCGCUUAAGAGAUGGCUUGGUUUAGCGGGAAGGUGUCCUUGGGGAACUUCCCGGAUCUUGCUGGUGCAGUGAAUAAGCUCAGUGAGAGCGUUAAGAAUAUUGAGAAGAACUUUGAUAGCGCUCUUGGGUUGGAGGAGAAGCCCGAUUCUAGCAGCGAAGCUUCAGGACUAUGGCCUGGUGCGUGGAACUCAGAUGAGGAUAGCAAUACUGAAUCUUCAGCAAAACCUGGAUCUUCGGAGAAAUUUUCUAGAGUUGAGGAAGACGAGACACAAAAUUCUGCCAAUGAAAAACCUACAGUUGAAAGAGAAAAUCAAGUGCUCAAAAAUGAAAAAGAAGAUGAGAAUCUGAAGAUUGCAGGAAAAGAAGAUGCUGUAAUUUCAGACACAGUCCAACCUGAGUCUGAAUCACAAUUUGUACCUGUUGAACAUCGUGAACCUGUCAUACAUGAUGUUCAGACGUUAGAUUCAGUUGGCAAUUCACAGGAGAAGCAGAUCUUAGAAAUGGGCCCUGCUGAAAGUUCAGAGUCAGUAGAGGUCAAGACAGGAUCUGUUCAAGUUGAUCAGGAUGAGGAUGAUACUGUCAUGCAUGAUGAAUCAUAUACAGUUGUUGAUAGGAAUGAGAGCAAAGAUGAACAUAAGAUGCAAAUGGAGGAGGUUGUAAAAGAAGGUUCUCCUGUUCUGGCUGAAAUCUCAAAUGAUGCUCAAUCUGAGGCAUCAAGUGAUACUCAAGCUGAAGUUGCAAUUAAUCCAUCUGGUUUUCCAGUUACUGCUGAAGAGACGCAGAUGGCUUCUGAAGUUUCUUUCCCUACUGCUGUUCUCUCAGAUGAGGCUUCGGAAACAGUUUCUGAUGAAAGUGAUGUUAAUGUUAAGACAGUUGGAGAUGUCAGGCAAGUCAAUGAUGGUGAAAUUGAUGCUAAGGAGCAACGUUUGAGCUCAGAACGUCUGAGCUCAGCGUCAAAUGUGUCUGACUCCUUAGAUUCACUUGUUGAACUAGAGAAGGUGAAGAUGGAGAUGAAAAUGAUGGAAACUGCAUUGCAAGGUGCUGCAAGGCAAGCUCAGGCAAAGGCUGAUGAGAUUGCGAAGAUGAUGAAUGAAAAUGAGCACCUGAAAUCAAUGAUAGACGAUUUGAAGAGAAAAUCUAAUGAUGCAGAAAUUGAGUCUUUAAGAGAGGAAUACCAUCAAAGAGUUGCAACCCUUGAAAGAAAGGUUUAUGCCCUUACAAAGGAAAGGGAUACACUCCGGAGAGAGCAGAAUAAGAAAAGUGAUGCAGCUCUACUUUUGAAGGAAAAAGAUGAAAUCAUCAGUCAGGUUAUGGCUGAAGGUGAAGAACUUUCAAAGAAGCAGGCUGCUCAAGAAUCUACAAUUAGGAAAUUAAGAUCUCAGAUUAGAGAGCUUGAAGAGGAGAAGAAAGGCUUGAUGACUAAACUUCAGGUGGAAGAGAAUAAAGUAGAGAGUAUCAAGAAGGACAAGACAGCUACAGAAAAGUUGCUGCAAGAGACAAUAGAAAAGCACCAAGCAGAACUUGCAGGGCAGAAAGAGUAUUAUACAAGUGCUUUGACUGCUGCCAAGGAGGCUGAAGCAUUGGCGGAGGCACGUGCUAAUAGUGAAGCCAGAACUGAAUUAGAGAACCGUUUGAGGGAGGCAGGGGAGCGUGAGAGCAUGCUGGUUCAGGCACUUGAAGAAUUAAGACAGACUUUGAGUAGAAAGGAGCAGCAGGCUGUUUUUAGAGAAGACAUGCUUCGCAGGGACAUAGAAGACCUUCAAAAGCGUUAUCAAGCAAGUGAGCGCCGGUGUGAGGAGUUGGUUUCUCAAGUUCCUGAGUCUACAAGGCCUCUUCUAAGGCAGAUAGAAGCAAUGCAGGAAACAAUGGCCAGAAGGGCUGAAGCUUGGUCUGCCGUUGAGAGAUCUCUAAAUUCUCGACUCCAGGAAGCAGAGGCCAAAGCUGCUGCUGCUGAGGAAAGAGCGCGAUCUGUGAAUGAACGUUUGUCGCAAACCCUAUCACGAAUUAAUGUUUUGGAAGCUCAGAUUUCAUGUCUUAGAGCAGAGCAGACGCAGUUAAGUAAGUCCCUUGAAAAAGAGAGACAGAGAGCAGCUGAAAAUAGGCAGGAAUACCUUGCAGCCAAGGAGGAGGCUGACACUCAAGAAGGUCGUGUGAACCAACUUGAAGAAGAAAUUAAAGAACUUAGGCAGAAACACAAGCAAGAGUUACAUGAUGCCCUGAUGCACAGGGAGCUUCUACAGCAGGAAAUUGAAAGGGAAAAAGCUGCUCGAUUGGAUCUGGAAAAAACAGCUUGUAUACAUUCCACUGCUGCAUCUGAUCAAACACCAAAGAGCAACUCUGGUUUUGAGAACGGAAACAUGAAACAGAAGCUCUCAAGUGCUAGCAGCCUAGGCAGCAUGGAGGAGAGCUAUUUUCUGCAAGCAUCUUUGGACACAUCUGACAGUUUCUCUGAGAGAAGAAAUCCUGGAGAGGUAACCAUGAGCCCAUACUACAUGAAGAGUAUGACACCUGGUGCUUUUGAAGCUGCUCUUCGUCAGAAAGAGGGUGAACUUGCAUCAUACAUGUCUCGUUUGACAUCUAUGGAAUCAAUCCGCGACUCUCUUGCAGAGGAGUUGGUUAAAAUGACAGCACAGUGUGAAAAGUUGAGGGCAGAGUCUGCCUUGUUGCCUGGCGUUCGAGCAGAACUGGAAGCAUUAAGGCGGAGGCACUCAGCUGCACUGGAGUUGAUGGGUGAACGUGAUGAGGAGUUGGAGGAACUUCGUGCUGAUAUUGUAGACUUGAAAGAAAUGUAUAGAGAGCAAGUUAAUUUGCUUGUGAACAAGAUCCAAAGAAUGAGUCCAUCAAUGGUCAAUACCUAAUGAAUUGACUCGUGACAGAUUUUAUCAACUAGUGGGGGAAGUUCAUGGUAUAGUUUAUCGCGCAUUCAGUAGACCCAGUUGAUCAUUCAAGAGUUCUUCCUCUAUACACAUUAUGAAUUGAGUUGUUUGGUCAAGUGUUUUGACAGGAGAUAUUCAGAGAGCGUAAUUUCAUAAAAAACAUGGAAGUGUAUUGUACUGUAUUUGUUGUAUAAAAGUAAUAUGAACUAGAAAUUUGUUUCCCGGCAUGAAGAUGAUUCUUAAUUAUUUGAUUUACUUGCCAAUAAUUAUAAAUAUUUCAUUGUUUU